UAAAAAAUUUACUUCGCAACUGAAAACUCUGUGUAACAUGAUUAUGCUUAUUUGCAGCAUUUGAUAAUGUCUUUUAGAAUUAAACAUUAGGCUAACAUGUCGACAAUAGAGUUCAAAUUAUACAAGUAGAAGCAGGUUGUUUUGUAAUUUUAAUGUCAUGGAAAUUGAAGACGAUGUGAGGAAGCUUUUGGCUGGAGAGGUUUUACCUCUAUCAGAUGUUGACACAGGGCUUGAUAAAUCAAAGUUCAAGCCAGUAACAAAGAACAAUAUGGGGUUUAUUGUAUCAGCAGUUAUUGUUAAUGAAGCAAGUCAAGUAUUAAUGAUUCAGGAAGCCAAGUACUCCUGCCAUGGAACCUGGUAUCUUCCUGCUGGUCGAGUGGAGAAAAAAGAAUCUUUAGUGGAAGCUGCAAAGAGAGAAGUGAAAGAGGAAGCUGGGUUAGAAAUUGAAGCAGUUACUCUGUUGUCUGUAGAAUUUGGAUCAGGCUCGUGGAUGAGAUUUAAUUUUGCUGGAAAUAUAACUGGUGGAGAAAUAAAAACAUUAGAUUUGCAAGACAAAGAAUCAUUACAGGCAGAAUGGAUAGACAGAAAACAUUUAAAAGAUGGCUCACUUAAAAUAAGAGCAAAAGACAUCUUUCCACUGAUAGAAAUAGGCUACUCCUAUUAUGGAAAACCACCAAGAAGUAGACAUUUGAAUUGUUUACCCACUCAAGUACCUCAUACGAAAGCUAUACACAGACCUGUGAUCGUGUGUGUUUUACAGGAACGAGAGCUCUAUCUUCUAGUAAAUACCAAGACUAAACCACAUAUACCCUCAUGUUACAUAGGUUGUGCAGAUUCCUCAUCUAGAACAUCAGUAUAUUCAAUUUUAAAGGAAGCAGAUGUAGAUGGCGUACAGGGUGGAUAUAUAGAAGUUUGUGGACUUUUAUCUGUGGAAUAUAAUGGUGAACCAGACGCAAAGGUCAAUGGUAUUUGUCUGACCUCUAUUGUUACCAUGACGAGUUCUGCAGUACCAAAGAUAGCCAAUGACAAUUACACAUGGCACCAUAUUACUUCAUCAUUGAAAGACGAAUUAUUACAAAAAAUCAAAGAUGAACGUUUUGUGAAGUUUAUAGAUUUAUAUUGAUUUCUUUAAAUGGGAACCAAAUUGAGUUAUAUUUUUGAAAGAAACAUUUGUUUAAAAAGAAUUCUUUUACUUCACGUUAUUCCAAUUUUCAAAAGAAUUAAUGAUCUAAAAGAGCAACCAUUUAAGUCUUUGGGCAGGGAUUUGUACUUUCAAGUCUAUUUAGAAAAAAAAAGUCUUUGUGCAAACAAAUAAUAUUGAUAAUUUAGUAAUAGUACCUCUGAGUAUACUGUAUAAUGCUUAAAGCAAUAUAUUUAUUAAUACUCAUUUGGGAAAAAAUGGAAUGAAUUCCUAUAUUUUACACCUACAUGUACCCAUUACUCUGUACUCCUUUCAAAGAAAACUUCAUUCAGUUUGUUUUGUAAUAUAUCGUCGCUGUGAUGCAAAAACCAUGUAUCUAAGGUUUUUAUAAUUUUACACCAGGCAGUAAAAACUGAUUUUUUUUUAAUCGAUUAUUUAGAAUUAAAUAUGUAUGUUCCAUAUAUGCAAAAAUAUCUGAUCUUCUAACCAAUCGAUUACCAAGGCGAGCAAAAAAUUCUGCACCUAAAUUGUAUUUUCAAAGCUUUUCAUUAUUUCUAAGCUAUUUUAGCUUUCAGAACCUAAAAUUGACAAAACUGUACCUGUUAUUAUCUCAGCUGCUGUGCCAUAUUUUUUUUCUUUGAGAUACGAUAUUUUCGCACAACAAAAUGUCUCACCAAUCCGACUACACUUAUUUGUCACAUGUCAGAAUUCGGGUUAAUGAUUGGUUAGAAGAUCAGAUAUUUUCUCAUUCAGUGGAGCAUACAUAUUUAAUUCUAAAUAAUCGAUAAAAAGAUUUCUGCAAAAAGUUGAGAUACAAGGUUUUUGCAUAACAGUGACGAUAUAUAUUAUACUUGUUAUAAUCAAAAGGAAAACUUCUUUCUUUGUUUUGUUUACAGAAAAUGAAAUUAGAAACAUUUUACAAUCUAUAACAUUUUACACUGUGGUUUCAAAUUACAGUUAGAGAUGCACAAUUUUAGUCAGGAGAUGUGACUGAAAAAUGUCUGUUUUUUAUUCAGGGUUUAUGUUUGAUAUCUAUUUGAGCUAAAAUGAUAAUAUCCAAGUUUUAAUCUUGUUGUUAUGUUUAUGUAUGUGUGUUGAUUGUAAUGUUGUGUAAUAAAAGUGUUAAUGUCUGACUUGAGAUAAAUCAUGUACAAUGUAUUCCUUUUUACCCACAGUUAUGUAUUUUAACUGAAGAGGAAUAUUUCAGAGCAGAAGGGAAAAAAAAAUUACAAUUAUUAGUUGCUUAUUUUCAUUUAUUAAAAUUGGCAAUUUCAGAAUCCAGAUAAAAGAUUUUAAAAGCAUACCGUACACCAUAUUUCAUUGAAACAAAAGUUCAGGAUUAAUGAAUACAUUGUAUUUUCCUGAAAAAAGUAACUUCCUUGUCACAAGUGAUGUAUGCAAAAUAGAUUUACCUAUAAAACUUUAGAAUCUAUUCUAAAACCACCAUAAUAAUAAAUUAGUAUUUUUCAAAGGGUAUUUAUUCCACUUAUUUCUCUAUUGUCAAGUCAAUGAUAGAAUAAUGGGGGCUUACUUUUUACUUCAACACCAACAUUUUCUAGGUUCAUAAAGUGUUUUCAGCUUGAUGAUAUUUUUUUCUACCUGCAAUGAUCUGAAAGAUAUAAAAAUGUUUAAGGCAAAGUUGUAAACAUAUAAUAUAUGAAAGUAUAUCACUGCCGUCAGUGUUUCAUGCAAGCAGAUUUUGCCUAGUAUCAUGCCAUGCUCUUUGUUGACUAAAAUGUGCUAUGAUUUGUCAAUGCUUGUUUAACAUGUAGACAAUAUGUGCCAUGCCUAUUUUUAUUGACACAAUCCCAUUUGUUAAAGCAAUAUAUUUAUAUCAUUCCAUUUUUACAAUUAGAAUUUUCUCUUCAGUUUUGAUUUUUCUGCAAGAAGAUUGUGUUUUGUAAAUAUUUUACACAAUUAAACUUAUACUCUUUAUAAUUUUUGAGUAAAACAGUUCUCCAAGAAAAACUGUAGUGAAGGUCAUCAUAGAUCAUCAGAGAUGAUUUUCCAUAAUUAUUUUUUCUAUUCCCUUUUUAGAAUUUGGUGAAAACAUAAGCAUAAAAGGGAUGAUUAUUCUUACUCUCUAGCGAUUCAUUUCUUAAAAAAAAAUGUACAAGAAAAGAGCACAAAGAGCCUCCUUAAUUGUGUAUGGUUUUUAUACGACCGCAAAUUUUGAAAAAAUUUUCAUCGUAUAUUGCUAUCACGUUGGCGUCGUCGUCGUCGUCGUCGUCCGAAUACUUUUAGUUUUCGUACUCUAACUUUAGUAAAAGUGAAUAGAAAUCUAUGAAAUUUUAACACAAGGUUUAUGACCACAAAAGGAAGGUUGGUAUUGAUUUUGGGAGUUUUGGUCCCAACAUUUUAGGAAUUAGGGGCCAAAAAGGGCCCAAAUAAGCAUUUUCUUGGUUUUCGCGCUAUAACUUUAGUUUAAGUUAAUAGAAAUCUAUGAAAUUUUGACACAAGGUUUAUGACCACAAAAGAAAGGUUGGGAUUGAUUUUGGGAGUUUUGGUUUCAACAGUUUAGGAAUUAGGGGCCAAAAAAGGGCCCAAAUAAGCAUUAUUCUUGGUUUUCGCACAAUAACUUUAGUUUAAGUUAAUAGAAAUCAAUGAAAUUUAUACACAAUGUUUAUGACCACAAAAGGAAGGUUGGUUUUGAUUUUGGGAGUUUAGGUCCCAACAGUUUAGGAAUUAGGGGCCAAAAAGGGACCCAAAUAAGCAUUUUUCUUGGUUUUCGCACCAUAACUUUAGUAUAAGUAAAUAGAAAUCUAUGAAAUUUAAACACAAGGUUUAUGACCAUAAAAGGAAGGU